GCAGAAGAAGGAAAGUCCCUCUGGGAGUUGGUGCUGGAGCAGUUUGAGGAUCUACUCGUCCGCAUCCUUUUGAUGGCAGCUUUUCUGUCAUUUAUCCUGGCAUGGUUUGAAGAAGGAGAGGAGACCAUGACGGCGUUCGUGGAGCCCGUCGUCAUUAUCAUGAUCCUGAUCGCCAACGCUGUGGUGGGUGUGUGGCAGGAGAGAAACGCCGAGAGCGCCAUCGAAGCCUUGAAGGAGUACGAGCCUGAGAUGGGGAAGGUGAUCCGUGCCGACCGCAGCGGGGUGCAGCGGAUCCGCGCCCGGGACAUCGUCCCUGGGGACAUUGUGGAGGUGGCAGUUGGUGACAAGGUGCCGGCAGACAUCCGGAUCAUCGAAAUCCGGUCCACCACCCUGCGGGUCGACCAGUCCAUCCUCACAGGGGAGUCUGUGUCGGUGAUCAAACACGCUGACCCCAUCCCCGACCCCCGGGCUGUCAACCAGGACAAGAAGAACAUGCUUUUCUCCGGCACCAACAUUGCAGCUGGGAAGGCCGUGGGGGUUGUCAUUGCGACAGGAGUGUACACCGAGAUCGGGAAGAUCCGAAACCAGAUGGUGGAGACGGAGCCGGAGAAGACCCCCUUGCAGCAGAAGCUGGACGAGUUCAGCCAGCAGCUCUCCAAAGUGAUUUUCCUGGUGUGCAUUGCCGUCUGGGUCAUCAACAUCAGCCACUUCAGCGACCCCGUCCACGGCGGCUCCUGGUUUCGGGGUGCCAUCUACUAUUUCAAGAUUUCGGUGGCGCUGGCAGUGGCUGCCAUUCCCGAGGGCCUCCCGGCCGUCAUCACCACCUGCCUGGCACUGGGCACGCGCCGCAUGGCCAAGAAGAACGCCAUCGUCCGGAGCCUGCCCUCGGUGGAGACCCUGGGCUGCACCUCCGUCAUCUGCUCCGACAAGACCGGCACCCUCACCACCAACCAGAUGUCUGUCUGCCGGAUGUUCAUCAUGGAGAAGGUGGAGGGAGCCCAGUGCAGCCUGCACGAGUUCAGCAUCACCGGCUCCACCUACGCGCCCGAGGGACAGAUCCUGAAGGACGAGCAGCCGGUGCAGUGUGGGCAGUUCGAUGGGCUGGUGGAGCUGGCCACCAUCUGCGCCCUCUGCAAUGACUCCUCGCUGGACUACAACGAGUCCAAAAAAGUCUACGAGAAGGUGGGGGAAGCCACUGAAACAGCCCUGACGUGCCUGGUGGAGAAGAUGAACGUCUUCAACACCGACACCAGCAAACUCUCCAAGGUGGAGCGAGCCAACGCCUGCAAUUCGGUGAUCAAGCAGCUGAUGAGGAAGGAGUGCACCCUGGAGUUCUCCCGCGACCGCAAGUCCAUGUCGGUGUACUGCACACCCACCAGCCCCGGCCACAACUCCACCAGCAGCAAGAUGUUCGUCAAGGGCGCCCCGGAAAGCGUGAUCGAGCGCUGCACCCACGUCCGCGUGGGCACUGCCAGGGUCCCGCUGACGGCCCCGGUGCGGGAGAAGAUCCUGGGCAGGAUCCGGGACUGGGGCAUGGGCAUCGACACGCUGCGCUGCCUGGCCCUGGCCACCCACGACGCGCCUGUCCGCAGGGAGACCAUGCAGCUGCACGACUCCGCCGCCUUCGUCCACUACGAGAACAACCUGACCUUUGUGGGAUGCGUGGGGAUGCUGGACCCUCCUCGCAAGGAGGUCACCUCCUCCAUCGAGAUGUGCCGCAAGGCCGGCAUCCGUGUCAUCAUGAUCACGGGCGACAACAAGGGCACGGCAGUGGCCAUCUGCCGCCGGAUCGGCAUCUUCUCGGAGAGCGAGGAUGUGGCUGGCAAAGCCUACACGGGCCGGGAAUUUGAUGAGCUGCCCCCCGAGGCACAGCGGCAGGCGUGCCGGGACGCCCGCUGCUUCGCCCGCGUGGAGCCGGCGCACAAGUCCCGCAUCGUCGAGUACCUCCAGUCCUUCCACGAGAUCACCGCCAUGACGGGUGACGGCGUCAAUGACGCCCCUGCCCUGAAGAAAGCCGAGAUCGGCAUUGCCAUGGGGUCGGGCACGGCUGUCGCCAAGUCGGCCGCUGAGAUGGUGCUCUCCGAUGACAACUUCUCCACCAUCGUGUCGGCUGUUGAGGAGGGCAGGGCCAUUUACAACAACAUGAAGCAGUUCAUCCGCUACCUCAUCUCCUCCAACGUCGGAGAGGUCGUUUGCAUCUUCCUGACGGCCAUCCUGGGCUUGCCUGAGGCGCUCAUCCCCGUGCAGCUGCUGUGGGUGAACCUGGUGACGGACGGGCUGCCGGCCACCGCGCUGGGCUUCAACCCCCCCGACCUGGACAUCAUGGACAAGCCCCCGCGCAGCCCCAAGGAGCCCCUCAUCAGCGGCUGGCUCUUCUUCCGCUACCUGGCCAUC